AUGUCUAAUCCUCACUUGGCUCUUGUAUUUGGUCUUGCUGGGAAUUGCUUGUCAUUUCUAGUGUAUCUUGCUCCAUUGCCAACAUUCUAUAGGAUUACCAAGAAGAAAUCAACAGAAGGGUUCCACUCAAUACCAUAUUCAGUAGCACUGUUCAGUGCCAUGCUAUUACUCUACUAUGCUCUCCUCAAGACCAAUGCCUUCAUGCUCAUCACCAUCAACGCCAUUGGCAUUGCCAUUGAAUCCAUCUACCUCUUUAUCUUCUUAAUUUUUGCACCUACAGCCGUCAAGAUACAAACGAUAAAGCUGCUUGCAUUGUUCAACUUUGGAGCAUAUGGGUUGAUUAUAUUUUGCACGUCUAUAUUCUUCAAGGGAGCUAUACGUAUAACUGUUGUUGGAUGGAUCUGUGCUGUCUUCUCUGUUUCUGUCUUUGCUGCUCCUCUUAGUGUCAUUAGGCUGGUGAUCAAGACAAAAAGCCCAGAAUUCCUGCCAUUCUCAUUAUCUUUUUCGCUCACAUUAUGUGCCGUAAUGUGGUUCUUCUACGGACUUUACAUUAGAGAUUACUACAUUGCCUUGCCAAACACCCUGGGAUUCGCAUUCGGAGUGUUGCAAAUGGGGUUGUAUAUUUUUUACAAGAGGAGAUCAAGAAACGAGAUCUUGCCAGAGACGACGAGGCCGGGAGAAGAAAUGAUGAAUACGACGUCGGUUAGGGAUCAAAGGCGGGAGACUAAUGACCUCAAUCAAGCGGAUCAUGAUCUUGAUGUUAAUCAUGAUAAUCACCACGAUACGACGGCUGCCGUUGACAUUGCUGACCAAGGAGGUGAUGAACGCAACGUGUGA